AUAAGCUUGCUCACGUCCCGAGAGAAGUGAUCUCGCGUAAUUUUAAUGUGCCUCGGGGGAAUCUGAACAAUAUUCCCCCCCUUCCGGUCAAUUUGGAUCUUCCCCAGAAAUGCCUUCAAGGUUUUCAGAUCGUCCGCAGAAUCGGUGGAAUCCCGUUUCUCAAGGUAAUCUCUUCGAGCUUCCAGCUCCCAACUCCUCACUAACGACCAACUUUCUUUGCCUCUUGCCCCGUACCCCAUGUGCCCCAUAUACCCAAUCACAGGAUACGCACGACCUCUUUGUAGCCUUUCAUGUAGGAUGCAUGUCCCUCGAGUCCCAGUCAUUCUCGCGUGGUGAUGGACGCCAUCUCUGGCAACGCUUGCACCUUCGACUAUUACUCAAUGGCCAACGCUACCAGAUAUUAGCCCCUGGCGCUCUCUAUUCUACCUGCCUACUGGCACCUCGACAAUACCCACCGACACCACAUAACCCGAGGACCACUGACACCAUACGAUACCAACCAGACUACCCACACAUCAUGUAUAGAAAGUCCCCUUUAUGUACGCUACGGUGUAUCGACGGGACAGUCGCACUGCCACGACAUUAAGAUAGAUUUAUCAUCACCUGCCUACUGGCGCUCACUCCGCAAGACAUUGUGAAGGUGGACGCCGCAGCCCUCCGAGUCGCGUAAUGCGGAACUAAUAGAAGACUUGCGGCCGAUAU